AUGAGUUUCAACCCGGACUACGAGAAUAUCGCGACAGCUUUUGUACAACACUACUAUUCGAAGUUCGACCAAGGGGAUGGUAUGGCUCGCGCGCAAGGCCUUGGCGAUCUUUACGACCCUGAAAAUUCGUACAUGAGUUUCGAAGGUGUUCAAUGCAAAGGACGUGACACAAUCUUAGCAAAGUUCUCUAGUUUGACUUUCAAGCAAAUCCAGCGUGCCAUAACAAAGUGUGACUCACAGCCGCUCUACGAUGGAUCAAUUCUCGUCAUGGUCCUAGGUCAGCUGAAGACUGAUGACGAUCCGAUCAAUCCAUUCUCUCAAAUCUUCAUCCUCCGACCAAACACUACUGGAUCAUUUUUCAUUGGAAACGAAAUUUUCCGCCUUGAUCUGCAUAACAAUUGA